AUGUCGGCCGACUACGCCGUCUUCUACCGCAUCUGGACUGCUUUGGGGGCAUCAUAUGCCUCCCUCGGCGCCACUGUCGACGCUCAGCUGACCAUCAAGUGCGGCGACAAGAUCGCGAGGGUGGAAACCAUCGACGAGUUCUUGCCGAUCAUGAACAGGCAGUACGGCGUCAGCAGAAUCUUUGGAGACGUGCAGACCACGGUCGAGAUGGCUUGCGCCCAGUGGAAGCUGAAUGCCAAGGAGCAGUACUCUGGGGACUUUGCGGUGAAGACGCGCCACCCCAUCCUGUUUAUCGGAAACACGGCCGACGCCUUUACCCCGCUUGUCUCGGCCAGGAACAUGAGCGAAGCGUUCGAGGGUAGCGCUGUGCUCCACGUCAACGGCUACGGUCACGCUUCCGUUGGCACGUCAAAGUGUGCCGCUGAGGCGACGUCUCAGUACUACAUCAACGGGACGCUGCCUGCGGGCGAUGCGUUCUGCGAGCUGGACGUCCCCAUUGUGUUGUAG